AUGGAUAUUAGACUAUUACGAUCCUCGGAUAUUCCGCAUGUUCAACAUGCCAAUAUCACCAAUCUUCCCGAAAACUAUUUCAUGAAAUACUAUCUCUACCAUGCCCUCUCCUGGCCACAACUCUCCUUCGUCGCAGUCGACGUUUCGCGUCCCCAGAAAACCCCCUACGAUUACCCCCGCAUCGUCGGCUACGUCCUGGCGAAAAUGGAAGAAGAUCCUGCGGAUGGCGUGCAACACGGUCACAUUACUAGUCUGAGUGUUAUGCGCACACAUCGACGUCUUGGUAUUGCCGAGAAAUUAAUGAGACAGAGUCAAAAAGCAAUGGUCGAAACCUUCUCCGCCCAAUACGUAUCCCUCCACGUGCGUGUCUCCAACCAAGCUGCACUCCGUCUCUACCGCGACACACUCGGAUUCCAGACGGAGAAGAUCGAAGCAAAGUACUACGCCGACGGCGAAGAUGCCUAUUCGAUGAACUUGGAUCUCUCGUAUAUACGCGAGCAGAUACUAGACGAGGAGGAUGGCGAUGAGGGAGAAGCAGUGGGGAGCGCAGGGAGCGCAAAGGAUGUGAAGGCGAUUGAGGAGGGGAAGGAUGCAGAGACGGCAGAAAAGAAGAGGAAGGUUAAGGUAGGGAGGGGAUUGGGGGUAGGAGAGUUGGUGGAGAAAAACGAGGCGUUGCCUAUUCGGGAGGGGAAGUAA